AGAGUGCAGGCGAGAGUUGUUCACACUUGUGUGGCUCUGAUUAGUGGUGGCGAGCAGCUUCUGUGGGGAAUAUUCCGAGACCCUGUGUGGAUUGGAAAUGAAUUCGCACUGGUGAUUAGCAGUGAACGGUGAUCCUAGUGCCAGUGUGUGAGGAAAGGAGGUCGGGUGGAAAAGUGAUCUACGCACAAGACCAAGUGAUUUUUCCUGUGAAUUCAUCUCAGCAUUGGAGGCAGAGCUGUUGAGUGUGUGUGAAACAAUGGAUAAAUUCCUAACUCUCAGCUUUUUUCUGGUCACUUUCGCGGGAUUGGCCAGGCCGCAGGCGACACAGGGUAUUCAAGUCCAGCAAGUGUCGGGCAUCGAGAUUCCCUCCAGUCAGCAGCAGAACUUUCAGCAGCAAACUUUUCAGCAACAGCAGGAUGAGAUUAGGGAGAUUCUCCAGCAGCAGCAGCAGAUAGCGCAACAGAAGCAGCAGAGCCAGAUUCUGCAGAAUCAACUCCAGCAGCAGCACAUUCAGCAAGUUAACUCAAGACUGCCCUCGCUGCAGGAGAUUCAACACGAUGCUCCACAGACGAAUCUGCUGCCAAAUUCUUCGGGAUUGGAGAAGGAAGUCCUGCGAGUGAUCUCGCAAGGAUCAGAGAAUUUCGCACUGCAACUCUUCAAGGGAGUGCUGCAGGAGAAUACAGCUCAAAAUUACAACUUCAUCAUGUCGCCCUUCUCUGUGUGGUCUCUGAUUGUGCUGUUGGUUGAGGGUUCGGCUGGAAGGACACUGAGCGAGAUUGAGACGGUCCUGGGGCUUCCUCGGAACAUCGCUUACGUGCGGGAUGGCUACAGACAAAUCCGAAAUGCCUUGAAUGUCAACACGAGUACAACGGAAAUCUCCACGAUUCAUGUGAUGUUCUCGGACAAGAAUCGUCCAGUUUACCCGGACUUUGAAAGGACUGUUCUAAAUUUCUACAUGACUGAUGUGUCUCCCGUGGAUUACCUGAAUCCACCGGAAACUGCACAGAAAAUCAACGGUUACGUGGCAAGAGCCACCCAAGGACGCAUUAAUCAGAUACUCAAGAGAGGUGAUCUCAUGGAUGCUAACAUGAUCCUCAUCUCGGCGAUCUUCUUCAGGGGACAGUGGAAGACUCCCUUCAAUGUCUCCCAAACUACCGAAGAGUCCUUCUACGAUGAAUUCGGAAAGGCUCAGGGGAAAGUGAAUAUGAUGUUCCAGCGAGGAAGCUUCCCCUACACGGCUAUCGCUGAACUGGACGCUCAUAUUCUGGAGCUGCCGUAUGGCAAUCUCAAUAGACUCAGCAUGAUCAUUCUUCUGCCACGAAAGGGUACUCCUCUGAACCAAGUGGUGGAAAAGUUGGCCAAUGUUCGACUCCAGCGAGUCUACGACGAACUGAAGAAGGCUGCUGAUGAGUACGAAGACGACGAAGUUGAGGUUUAUCUGCCUAGAUUUAAGAUCACCGCCGAUUUCGUCCUAAACGGAGUUCUUGAGAAGAUGGGCUUACUAGACCUCUUCAGUCCGACAAAUGCAAACCUCUCGAAGAUCACCAACAGCCAAAUAUACCUCUCGCGACUCAUUCACAAAGCGACAAUAGAGGUGAACGAGGAAGGAACUGUAGCAUCAGCCGUCACAGCUGGCGUUUUCGCCAACAAAGCCACGCCGCCACGCUUCUAUGCAAAUCGACCGUUUGCAUAUCUCAUCGUGGACAAAACGACAAAUGUUCUACUGUUUUGCGGGCAAGUCAAGAAUCCCAACACUUUCUACUUCUAAAUGAUGUACAUUUAACAAGUGAUAAAAUGUAUUUUUCACAUUAAAAUUUGUAUUGAAAUUUUUUU